CGAGCAAUAUCAAGCACCAUCUCCAGUUCCAAGUUCCAAUUUUACAACUCUCCUUUACCCCAUAUUGACACAAUCCCCAAGCCCAAAUCCCCAAUCCCACGACACUCUCCCCUCCUUCGCGGCUGCCUAGGUUUCAUUCUCUCGGAUCAAUGACAAGGACGGCGAUAGCGCGGCCGCCUCCGAUGGACAUCGAGGACGGCUGGCGCCGGCUAGCGGCCGGGUUCCAGAAACUGUUGCGCAUUCUCGACGGGGAGGAAAGGCUAUCCUUCUCGGGUGCCGAGUACAGUGAGCUUCUCCAGAUCACAUAUAAACUGUGUUACGAGAGUCCUGCCGGUCACGCCGCGGAGAUGUAUGAUCGGUGGGAUAAGACAAUCAGGCAUCACAUCGUUUAUCAGGUGCUACCGUCCCUCCAGGAUAUGCAGGGAGAGCCCCUUUUAAAGAACUUCGUUCAUCACUGGGAAAACCACAAGGUGUUGAUGAAAUGGCUCAAAUCCGUCUGCAUGUACUUGCGAUUGGCAUUCACUAAUCAGAGGUCACUUCCACCUAUAAUGGAUAUUGCUCUGAAUUUGUUCAAGAACGUGGUUUUCGAAGAGUUAAAUAAGAAAAUGACAAAUCAUCAUCGAAAUGAUUGAGGAGGACAGGGCAGGGAAGGUUAUGGAUUGCAAUUUGAUCAAGAUGACUCUCAGUGUCUAAGCUGAACUUGGUAGAGGUGGUAAUGGAAUGGAUGUUUAUGAAGGUUUCGAAGAAGUGUUCCUCAAAAACACAGCAGAACAUUACUGAAGAAAGGCCCAAGCUUGGGUGUCCCGUGGUUCUUGUUCUAAAUAUUUGGUCAAGGUGAUAAAAUCUAUACAAGAGGAAGAGGAAAGGAUCCAGAAUUAUUUGAAGCCAUGGACUGAGGCAAGACUGUCAAAGACAGUACUCCUGGAAUUAGUAUCCAGGCAAGCUGAAUGGCUACUUGAUGAUGAUAAAUCAGGUUUUAGAGGUAUCCUUGCGGCAGAAAAUGAUCUGCUAGAUGAUGGAAAGGGUAACGAACUGAACUUGAUGUUCAGAGUUUUCUCCAGGAUUUCUGGUGGUUUAUUGUCAUGGCCAUAGCCUUCCAGCAACAUAUUAGGGACAUCCUGCAACAGGCAGUUGGUGCUGCACACAUGGAAAAGGGUAAGGAACCAUCAAAUUCAAUUGUAGAGGUAUUUGUAUUGAGAAUCAUGAAGGUUCUUCAAAAAUACGAAGCGCAUGUGAUCAAUAAUUUUGACAAUCACAUUUUGUUUCGCAAGGCCCUGGAUGAGAACUUUAGGAUGAUCUGCAACAGAAACAUUGCUGAUUUUAGUGAUGGGGAAUUUUUCAUAAUAUUCCUUGAGAGACUCAUUGAACAACGUACAUGUGGCAAGCUAGACGAUGACUCUGUUGAAGAUACCCUUGCAAAGGUCGUUAAGCUUCUACCGUACCUGCACAGUAAGGAUUACCUUGUUGAGCUGUACAGGAACAGGCUCUUAGGAAGACUAUCCAUUGGUUGCAACAUUGAGGUCGAGACAAGCUUUAUCACAAAGCUAAAACUAGUCUUGGACGUCUCAAUCCUGGAAGAUAUGCUAGAAGAUUAUUCAAUUUCAAAAGAACUACAAAAAUUCUUCAAAGACUAUAUGAGCAUGAACCCAGAAUCAAAUACUCUGGUGGACAUGGACACAAUGGUUCUGAAACAGGGUCAUUUUCCUUCUCAACAAAAACAGCAUUUAUCGCUCCCCCCUGAUAUGCUCAAUUGUGCUGAAGCUUUCGAGAAGUUCUAUCAAGAGUUUCAUGGACAAGCGACAGGAAAUAGGAGGGGUAGAACGCUUACCUGGAUCUAUUCCCUUGGAAAUUGCAAUAUUGUUGGAAACUUUGAAGGCAAAUCAGUUGAGAUGAUUGUCUCACCAAUGCAGGCUGCAUUGCUGCUGCUAUUCAAUGAAGAUGAUCGAUUAAGUUAUAAUGACAUUGUGGCUAAGUUGGAAAUCAUGGACAAUGAUGCAAAAGUAAUGCUGUAUUCUUUAUCAUGUGGAAAGUACAGCAUCCUAAAAAAGGAGCCGAGCAACAAAACAAUUGCUCCAGACGACAUAUUUGAGUUCAACAAUAACUUCAGUGUUAAAACGGGAAAGAUAAAGGUACCGCUUCAUCAUGUUGACAGGGGUGAUUUCCGUGCCAGUGAGACCAUGGAAGAUGUCAGGAGGUACCGGAAGCAAAAUGUCGAUUGCGCAAUUGUGCGUAUAAUGAAGGAUAGGAAGACAUUGGAUCAUGAGAAACUCGUGGAGGAAUGCAAGAAGUUGUGUGAUCCUUAUUUCAAGGUCGAUGACGACCUCAUACAAAUGAGGAUCGAUCAUCUUGUAGCCGAAAAUUAUCUUGCUCGCAAGGAGGGUUGUACGUACGAAUACUUGCCGUAGCAACAGAAGACUUGAGGAUCAAUAGUGCUAGAAGCCAGUAAGAGGACAUCGUAAUGUUUUCCGCCGGCACUUAGCUUGUCCGUCCGGUUAAUCAAGUGAAAUCCAGGGCUUUUGCUGCAUGCUGUGAUACUGAUACUGACACGCAUUGUAAUUAUUCUCGUGGCGAGAUGUGCUUGACUCGUUAGGAAAAAAAGAACUGUACGGAUAUUAAAGAUAAUGAAAUGCUAUAGUAGAUUGAUGUCCUUUUCUA